UUGGCGAAUGUUGGCGCAGUGCUAAACAUUUUACCAGUCAUUUCUUCUCCUAUCUCCAACAUACACCGAAAGCUCCGCUACGAAGUACACAAAUUCUUUGGAUGUGAAAUAUCGAUUUGCAGCGCGAGAAAAGUCCAUUAGCCCAAAAAACACACAAAAAAUUGAAUAACGUUGAAGAAAAUCGGAGUAUCUAACAAAAAAACAACUUCCAAGUGCAAAUCGAAAGUCCACAAAGUCGCUGAAUCGUUUUGGAAAACCAGUAAAACGCGUAAUUAAUAGCUCUAGUGAAAAUCGCAGUGUGUGACUUGACGACUGAGUGAAAAAGCGAAAGUAGCAGGGAUGGCGUUCGCAGGACUAAAGAAACAAAUUAACAAGGCGAAUCAGUAUGUGACGGAAAAAAUGGGUGGGGCGGAGGGCACAAAGCUGGAUAUGGACUUCAUGGAAAUGGAGCGUAAGACGGACGUCACCGUUGAACUGGUCGAGGAGCUGCAGCUAAAGACGAAGGAAUUCCUUCAACCAAAUCCAACGGCACGUGCUAAAAUGGCAGCCGUAAAGGGUAUAUCGAAACUAUCCGGUCAGGCCAAGUCCAAUACAUACCCUCAGCCAGAAGGUCUACUCGCCGAUUGUAUGCUAAUGUAUGGCAAGAAACUGGGUGAGGAUAAUAGUGUAUUCGCGCAAGCGCUUGUCGAGUUCGGUGAAGCGCUGAAACAAAUGGCUGAUGUAAAAUACUCACUGGAUGACAAUAUUAAGCAAAAUGUCUUAGAACCAUUGCAUCACCUACAAACUAAAGAAUUGAAGGAGGUAAUGCAUCAUCGUAAGAAGUUGCAGGGAAGACGCCUCGAUUUUGACUGCAAGCGUCGCCGGCAAGCUAAAGACGAGGAGAUUCGUGGCGCCGAGGAGAAAUUUGCCGAAUCGCUGCAUUUAGCGCAAAUGGGCAUGUUUAACUUGCUCGAAAACGACACAGAACACGUGUCACAAUUGGUAACGUUCGCUGAGGCGCUUUACGAAUUCCACUCGCAGUGCGCUGAAAUACUGCGUGGCUUGCAGGAGACACUUCAUGAAAAGCGAGAAGAGGCUGAAUCCCGACCAAAAGCUGAAUUUGUGCCCAAAACAUUGUUAGAUCUGAAUCUCGAUGGCACCGGCACUAACGAUACGGACAGCGUGAGCACACCGGCACAUCGGGCUUCAGCGGCAUCACCGCUACCCUCGCCCUUGCGCUCGCCAGCCAAAUCGCUGGUGCCGGGAGCUACGACACCACAACGCCAACAGCAACCAUGCUGUCAGGCAUUGUACGAUUUCGAGCCAGAGAAUCCGGGCGAAUUGGGCUUCAAAGAAAACGAUACCAUUACAUUGUUGAGCCGUGUGGACGACAAUUGGUAUGAAGGCUCUUUAAAUGGACGCACCGGCUACUUCCCACAGUCAUAUGUGCAAGUUGUGGUUCCACUGCCCAAUGGCAAUUAAGGGGAGCACGCUUAGCUGCUACAUUUGAUGAGAGCAAAGCACUUCAUCACUCCAUAAGCAACUAGUUGACAAACAAUAAUUAAUUAUUUAAUAUUAAAUUUAACGGUUAAUUAAAUUUAAAGCUACUUAAAAGCAUAGAAGCAUCAAAGAAAAUUCGCAAACAAAUUGAGAUGUGUAUUUAUUAUAAUUAUUAAACUCAAUGGAAAUUAUAAAAUUUAUAAAAAAAAUUUCAAAGAUCAAUUCAUAAAUACUUCAAUUACAAUUCAAUUUGAAAUCUUGGAACUUUUAAAAUGAUAUUUGUAACUUAUAUGAAACAAAAAUAACAAAAACAAAAACCGCAAAUUGAUUGUGCUACUAUGAGUAUUUAUGUAAUUCCUAACUUAUUGCCUACCUAUCAGCCUGUUAUCAUAAAAAGGAAUAUCAUCCAAAAUUGUUGUCAUUUUUAAGUCAUUGCAUACCCUAACCUACACAUACCUACACACAUACACAUAAAAGCAAACUUGUUCCCUAUUCCCCAUUUCUUGCUCUUAACUUUAACCUACAUUGUGUGUGUUGUUUUGUUAUUUAUAUUUAUAUAUAUGUAUUUAUUAAGCAUAAUACAAUAAUAUUAUAUACGUGUAUAUUUAUUAUAACUCUUACAUUAAUCGUAUAUAUAUUUUCGAGGCGAAGUAAAACAGACAUAAACAAGAAUAGAAAACUAAAACGAUAAAUAAAUAAAAAAAACACGAGAGCGAGAGCUCUCUAAUUCCUAAAUACCUUAAAUAUACCUUAUACAUUUAUUGAAAAGACCUUAAAUAAACAAAAUAAACAUAAAGUUUGAACACGAAACCAUCUGAAAUGUAUUGUAUUGAAAAUGGUGUACCACUGAAGCUAAAAACAAGUGUCAUAAUUUAAACCACUGAAUAAAAUAUACGUUUAAACUAAGAACAAAGAAUACAGUGGUCUAGAAAUAAAACGGAUAGGUUUUAUAAUUACCUGUGUUAAACUAAUUAUUUUAGUUUGUUAAAGUUUAUCAUGUAACUAUGUAAGCUGUUAAGGAAUGUCGAAAAUAUGUAUAAAAAGCAAACAUUUGUGUUUAUAUGUAAGUACAGCAAAUGUGUGCUGGUACAAUGAGAAAAAGCGUUAAAGCUAUCAGCGCUGGAUGUGCGGUUUCAAAAAGUUUUUGUGUAAAACUAACUUUAAAUGGAUUUUAAACAAUUAAGUGUUUGUAAAGUGAUACGUAAAUACGUGCAUGUAUUCAUUUGAAAUAUUUCAUGAAAGUUUGCUGCCUUUUAUAAAGAGCUACUUAGGGAAAAAUGUUCAUCAAUUGAAAAAUAAAAUGCAUUGUAAUCGAA